AUGCAGCCUCGAGAAAACUUGGCUGGCACCAUCCACCACGAAGACGCCUUCCGGCGGCGGUGGAGCCAACCAGCGGAUGUCUUUAGCAUUCUCCUACUUCUGGGCGGGGACAUUGUCAAUAAAGCCCUUGCGCAGCUCGCUGGCGGUAUCCUAACGCCUCUGGAUGGGCCCGGCCGAGGCCUCAACAUCGGGGACCUGGCUGCCGCGGCGCUGCUGUGGGUGGCGCUACUCGUGACGGCCCCCGGCGUGCGCGCAAACACGCCCUACCUGCUCGCUGUGGGCGGGGUCGGGAUCCUGCAGAACGUCGUCGUCGUCGGCUGGCGCCGGGGCCCCGGCGCGCUGGGCGUCCACGUCGAGUUCCGCGGCGUCGUCGGUGAGAUGACGGCCAUGGACGCACAACUCGACCUCGAGGCCAAGUACCCGCGGGCGGGCGGGAGCUCGCUGCCCGUCUUCUUUCCCGGCAUGCUGCUCCCGCGAGAGGCGGCCAAGUGGGAUGCGUUUGAGGCGGCGCAGCUGCAAGCAGCUCUAGCGCAGAAGCAUCAAUAG